UCUUAUCUUGUUGGAGGUAGCAUACGCGCAAAUUUAUUCUCUUAAUCGCGUGGCUUACUUUUGUCGGUAGUCUGCCGUUUAUGGCGUACAACUUACUUUUUCAUAUUUUUGAACAGAUUGCGAUGUAUCUAUACAGUUGGCAUAUAACCUAACAUCAAAUUAAGUAAAUGUGUUAUGUGCGGGGACCUAGUUUCAUCCGACAAAUUUGUAUGGAACGCGUGCUAACAAAAACUUGCCGUUGAGCUAGAAGUGCGUGGUUUCGUAUGUCUAUUUUCAACUAAUUUUCUCAUACGUUUAACGUCAACUUAAUUUCCUUUGGUCGUACGAUAAACACGUUGCCAGAGCGUGUUUCGAGUAGAUAAGCUCGCACGUUUCCUAACCUAAAACGCACACAGACACACGAGAAGAGGCCAGUGAGAAAGAGAAUAAAAAAAAAGCACGACGAAUUGCAGCAAAGGUUAUCUGUAAAUAUCAGCUGUGCAAUGUGCUGUGCAACUGAUCUGUCUUGUUCGUUAGGCCAAUUGAGGAAAAAGGAAGAAAAAAAUAACCGAGCGCCACACGCAGCGAAACUCGCAUGAGAAACGAUGACUGUUGUAGCAAGCUAAAGAAUAUUCGCGAGAGAAGAGCGCGUGAUGCGUUAAUUGCCAUUGAAGGCUCCCCGAAGUCGCAGAGAUUCAGACAAACAUACGCUUGAUAUAUACACAUUGCGGACUCUCCAAUCGCACUUUUUCAAUGAGAACGAGCGCCGGCGACGACAGAGCAGAAGCAGCAGAAGUAGCAGGCGACGAGCUGUCAAAAUCGCCGUCGACCACGACAAAUAUGCCCAGCCGUGCUGGCGAGACCUCGCGAUCGCGUGUUGUCUUCCUUGCCGCAGACGCCACUGCACGGGCAGGUGUGAUGUACAUGAACGCAGUGAAACUUCAGAGCUCAAACCUUGCCUGCCACCAACUAUACGAUUAUGUAGUAACGCAGCCUUAAUUAAAUUGCCGGAUCAUCCUUAAGAUGAAGUAACUUUCCCGUAGUUAAUUUUAUUUUAUCAUAGAACGAUUUAGAAACUUCGCCAAUGGAAGAUGCGAUAAGUUGCUCAACGAGGCUGUGUGUUGUAUUAGCGCAACGAAUAGAAAAAGAAGACGACGGAAGGCCAAAUUUCUCUGCCUCCUUUGUCACCUGUCGCGUGUGACGUUUCCCACGCAAGCGACUAGCGAGGGAUGAGCCAAGCGACGGGGCAACGCUAAAUUAGAGGGAUGAUUCACAAGAGCAAGAGUAUUCGAGUGGUUGAAAAAGGCGAGUAUCAGCGAGAAUCAGCAAGAUGGCAAUUGGCAGUGUAAUCUGUGGAGCUAAGACUCCCAAAACCAAACGAAAGAAAGUGAAGACAACGGAACGAAGUUGGAUCGAGGCUACCUUUCAAAAGCGAGAAUGCACGAAAUUCAUCCCCAGCUCGAAGGAUGUGGAACGGUUGCAAGAGGUUAAGGGCGAUAAGAGUGCGGAAUACGACGUGAUCACUGACUCAAGGUGCUGCUGCGGUCACUCGUAUACCCAUCACUGCGGCACGGGCGCCGACGUCGGGCUGCACCACAUCAGCGGAGGCGUCGCCGAUCGCGAGAGAGACGAGUGGUGCCCCGGCAAGAACACCAAGCAGAGCGCCACUGAUGCUUACGGCACCAUCGAAUUCCAGGGCUUACCGCAUCCCACCAAAGCGCAGUACGUAAGAUUGGCCCACGAUACGAAGCCCGAGCCCAUCGUCCAGCUGCUCUGCCGAGAAUGGAAUUUGGGUCUGCCGAAACUCCUCAUAACAGUUCACGGCGGACGCUCCAAUUUCGAGCUGCAGCCAGCGCUGAAGAAAGUUCUGCGCAAGGGACUGCUGAAGGCCGCCAAGACCACCGGGGCGUGGAUUUUCACCGGGGGAACCAACACCGGUGUAACGAGGCAAGUUGGAGACGCGCUGCUGUUAGAGAGAUCGCAGCGACAAGGACGCGUUGUGAGCAUCGGCAUUGCACCUUGGGGUAUCCUCGAGAAGAGCCACGAACUCGUUGGUCGCGGGAGAGAGGUUCCAUACGACUCGCUGGCCUCGCCCUGGUCCAAGUACGCGGUACUGAACAACCGACACGCUUUUUUCCUGCUGGUCGAUAACGGCACUGGAGGUCGAUAUGGCGCCGAAAUUGUGCUCAGACGGAAACUCGAGAAAUAUAUAUCAAAUUUAAAGCUGCAGCCAUACACGCACAGCAGUAUACCGGUAGUAGCAUUAGUCAUCGAAGGUGGCACAAAUACAGUUCGCUCUGUUUUGGAAUACGUGACGGACGAGCCACCUGUGCCCGUAGUCGUCUGCGACGGUUCCGGACGUGCCGCCGACAUCAUAGCUUUCAUGCACAAAUAUGCCUCCGAAAAUGAAAAUGACGAGGAAGAGGGACCACUCGAAAGUAUGCGAGAUCAUUUACUCGAAACCAUCAUGCGCACGUUCAAAGUCUCGUCCGAACAAGCCAACCAAUUGUAUUCGGAAUUGUUGCAAUGCGUGCGCCGAAAACACUUGAUAACCGUAUUCAGGAUAUCGCAGGAUCAACCGCAAGAGCUCGAUCAGACGAUCCUCACGGCGCUGUUCAAGUCGCAGCAAUUGACACCUGCGGAGCAGCUCUCGCUAGCUUUGAUUUGGAAUCGCGUGGACAUAGCUCGCAGUGAGAUCUUCGUCUACGGGCAGAAGUGGCCACCGGGUGCUCUCGAGCAGUCGAUGAUGCAGGCACUGCAACACGACCGCAUCGAUUUCGUCAAAUUGCUGCUCGAGAACGGCGUGUCCAUGCGCAAGUUUCUUUCGAUACCAAGGCUCGAGGAGCUCUACAACACCAAAGACGGUCCAUCCAACACCCUCGGCUAUAUACUUCGGGAUGUUCGUCCGCACAUCCCACGUGGCUACAUGUACACGCUGCACGACAUUGGCCUCGUGAUCAACAAACUGAUGGGUGGUGCCUAUCGGUCGCAGUACACGCGCAAGGAGUUUCGCUUCCUAUACACGCGCGUAAUGAAACGCUCGGGUGGCUUCCAGCAGCAUCACGCUCAUCGCAACAGCUGUGCCAUCGCGCUCAACAAUCGAUCGUUUUCCGGAUCGGCUGGCAAGUCCACCAUGAGCUUACUGGCCGAAACUAUACCUGCCACUCAGGACACUGCACUCUUCGAUUUCCCAUUCAACGAGCUACUCAUCUGGGCCGUACUCACGAAAAGACAGCAGAUGGCAUUGCUCAUGUGGCAACACGGUGAAGAAGCUUUGGCCAAGGCACUCGUGGCUCUCAAAUUGUACAAAGCGAUGGCACACGAAGCUGCCGAGGAUGACCUCGAGACCGAGGUUUACGACGAGCUCAAGGGAUACGGCAAAGAGUUCGAGAAUAUCGCUUUGGAAUUACUGGACUAUUGCUAUCGGCAAGACGACGAUCUGACGCAACAGUUGUUGACGUCAGAGCUGAAAAAUUGGUCUGGACAAACAUGCCUUUCGCUUGCAGUGACGGCCAAUCAUCGAGCUCUUCUCGCGCACCCCUGCAGUCAGAUUAUUUUGGCAGAUCUGUGGAUGGGUGGACUGCGUACUCGCAAAAGCACCAACUUCAAGGUGAUACUCGGACUAUUCUUUCCGGUUUACAUAACUUACCUCGAAUUCAAGAGCCGCGAAGAGCUGCAAUUGAUGCCGCAGACAGCCGAGGAGCAUCUUAUCGCGCUCGAGGACGAAAAUGAGGACAGUGAGUCAGAGCAAGGAACCCCAGCUGGACCAGACGUCGAGAAACAGCCGGUGUGCAGGAGCCUGAGUAUUCGCUACAAAGCCAGCAGCCAGCAAGGCGCCAAGGCUCUGAUCGGCAGCGAACACAGCGCAGCCGUGCCCAAGGAGACAAUCGUCCACGAGAAUGGCAAAGUGUUGACCGACAACGAUGAGGGCAAUCAUCGCUCGUACGGCAUGCUGUCCGACUAUUAUGACAAUAAGAACAGCCGACCGCUAAGACUGAAGAAGAAACUGUACGAGUUCUACACUGCACCUAUCGCCAAGUUUUGGGCCAAUGCUAUUGCCUACGUGCUGUUCCUGUUGCUGAUGUCCUACACAGUGGUAGUGCGCAUGGGCGACACGCCGUCGUGGGCCGAGUUCUACUCGAUCGCCUACAUCUGCACAAUGGGCUGCGAGAAGAUGAGGGAGAUCAUCACCUCGGAGCCCGUGGUAUUGUCGCACAAGUUCAGCGUCUGGGCGUGGAAUAUGUGGAAUCCUUGCGACGCCGCAGCCAUUAUAUUCUUCAUCGUUGGCCUUGUGCUGCGGCUACGACCUUCUACCUUCGACGUCGGCAGAUCUAUCUUCUGCAUCGACAUCAUGUAUUGGUAUCUCAGGAUGCUCAAUAUUUUGGGCGUCAAUAAGUAUCUUGGUCCUUUGGUUACGAUGAUGGGCAAGAUGGUCAAGAACAUGAUCUAUUUCGUCGUUCUUUUGCUGGUGGUAUUGAUGAGCUUCGGUGUUGCAAGACAAGCUAUACUACAUCCCAAUUUGGAGCCCAGUUGGACUAUUGUUAAAGAUGUGUUCAAAGAGCCUUAUUUCAUGCUGUACGGUGAGGUAUACGCUGACAAAAUCGAUCCCGAAUGCGAAUUGGACCCGAGCAUGGAGGCGUGCCUACCUGGAAGAUGGAUCACUCCAGCCGCGAUGGCAAUUUACUUAUUGGUGGCAAACAUCCUGCUGAUCAAUCUGCUCAUAGCCGUAUUUAACAACAUCUUCAUCGAAGUAAACGCUGUUGCACAUCAAGUCUGGAUGUUCCAGCGAUUCACCGUGGUUAUGGAGUACGAACAAAAACCAGUGCUACCGCCACCGCUUAUCGUCUUCUGUCACCUCUAUCUUUUGAUUAGAUAUCUGUGGAGGUACCUCACGCAAGGUCGUACGCAAUCAGGCGAAACGUCCGACAACGGGCUGAAGCUGUUCCUUGAGGCCGACGACAAGGAGCGUCUCUACGAUUUCGAAGAGGAUUGCGUCGAGGGCUACUUUCGCGAACAAGAAUUCAAGCUGCAAAUGUCCACCGAAGAAAGAGUCAAGGUCACCACCGAACGAGUCGAAAACAUGCAUCAAAAGAUCGAGGAUAUCGACAAGAAAGAGAGCAAUCAGUCAUCCACGCUCCAGACGGUGGAAUUCCGAAUGCGCAAGCUGGAGGAGCUGAACGAACAAACUCUGGCCCACUUGGGCGUAAUUCAUCGGUUCAUGGCGACGUACAUGCCAAGCAACGGAGGUGGUAACGCGGGCCCAAUACCCGAGAACUUCAGCACCGAGGGCAUACGCCACCUGGACGUUAUCGAUCUGGUGCGAACUCGACGGGUGUCCGAGCGCUCGGAAGCGGGCAUAUCCGAGGCGGAAUCGCACUCUCAGCUGCCCUGUAUUCCGCUGCGACGAAAGAAGCUAAUAAGAGCGAUGACCGACGCGGCGUACCUGGGCACAGGUGGCGGACUGCCGGCCCAGCCGCAAACCCACAUCGAGCAGGAGGAAGCUGCCGCUGCUCUGAAACACGCCGUCGCUGCGAUCAUCGAGUCCAAGGAAAACCUGAGCAGGAACGACUCGAGCGUCAGUGGCGAAGUUACUACGAUGCCGGACGAGUCUAAGGAAAACACUAGCCACGACGACAGCGAUGCCAAUAAAGCUACUGGAGAGGCGAGUGAUCAUACUGUAAAUUCUACUGAAAAUAAAUGGGAUCUCGGCGAUGACCGGUUCGAUUUUACUUUGCUUUAUUCGCAGACGAAAGAGACGAAGGCAGAAAAGUCAGACGAGCGUGACACGUCGGGCGAGGCGACGGCUACGUCGGAAUCACGACAGGACUCGGUGGAAAAGCCUAGUCGGCAGAAUAGUCGCACGCGUUCGGAAUCUUUGGUAGAGGAUGCAGCUGCGGCAGCAGCGAUCGCCGCUAGUAUGUCGGGGGUAGUUCCGUCGACGAGUUUCCAGCGCGGCGUCACAUGGGCCGAGCCACGAGUCGCCCACUUAAUCCAGUCUUCCGGCUCCAGCAACUCUCGCUCCCAUCUACUUACCAUGCGAGCCGAGUACACGAGCAUUACCGAUGAAUUGGAGAGCUAUUGUGGCUUGUUAAGUCCGCCUAGAACACCACCUAUGUCGCCCACGCCGAGGAACCGCGUCAGAAGUACUUCCGAGAGGAGCAAUCCUAAUCCCGUGGAGAUUGCUUGGGAAAUUGAGAACGAGCAUCUAAGAGAUGCCGAGGAGUGCGAUUAUCAGCAAAUGGAAGAUCUCAUUCAAAGACGAUAUCACGUGACGGACGAUGACGACGAUAAUAGUAGCCAUGAGGAACAAGCUGGGUAUAUUAAUACGAGUACAUUUUUCACGACAAACGAACUACAUCCACGUUUACGUCGCGCGUCGGCCAUCGACGAGGAUACAACCACACGACGACGCAUCCAUCGCUUGCCACCGGCAAUCAACGUUACCCGUGAAAUCGAACAAACGCUUGCCAGGCCAGCGGCUACGCGCGACUCUAACGAGUCCGAUCCCAACGACAAGGGUAUCAGUGUCGUGCCGGCGCCUGCAUCUGAAACCAUGUGCUAAUUUGUUUUUCAUUUCAAAGUCGCUUCAGUCAAUUUUAUUUUUGUAAAUAAUGCGUUAUCAUCAAUUACUCAACCGCAUUGGCAGUGCGAAAGAAACACUGACGUAUAUGAGAAGACACGUAGAAAAUAAGGGUUGGUAAUCCGCGUGAGAUUAGGUUAUUUUGGAUGACGUAUUUCAUCCACACGUUUUCACUGUAUUGUUGUGACGUGCGGUAAAACAAUCAACGGUGCUUCUCCUAAGACUGUCACCACGUGUUGCGCAAUUUUUACUCUCUUCCGUGCGAUGAUCAUGUAGGCGCUGUAAGAUAGAGUCAUUCAUUAAUGAAAAAAAGACUCUGAAAAUGGUACGAGGAAUCACAACGUUUAGUGACUUUAUAGGAUUCUUUCCAAUGAACAUGAAUGGUGUCGUUCAAACUUUUUGCAUUUGUUGGUAUGCCCACAAUAUAUAAAAUGCAAAUCUCAUUUCAAGAGUGCUUAUGAAAUAUAUAAUAGCUUGAUUGCAAAAAAAAUUGCGAAGUGUUAAAGCAUUUCAUUUUAACGUUAUCUGGGACUGUGCAACUGAAACUUCAUUUUCUUCUAAUUUAGAAAAUAUAGUUUUUAAAUAUUUUAGAGAUCCGGUUAAAAAACUUAGUAAAUUAAAUGAAUUUAGCGAUUUUUUCCUACAUAGUUUAAGUUUUAAAAUUAUUUACUCUUAAUCAUGCAUUAAUUUUAUUAGUUUAGAACAAUUUAGCAGAAUUGAUUUUAUUUUAUUGUCCAUUUAAUUUAUACGCUGCGUAGUUUACUUAUUUCGUUAGAAUAUUAUAUACAAUAGAAAUAUGAUCAAAUAUAAAUAUUAAGCAAUACUAUAACUGGAAAUUAUCAAAACGAAUGUCUACAGUAGUGAAAUGAUAUUUCCGGCUAUUUAUGUAACAACUUGUUAAUUUUUUGUAUUUUAUAAUUUUAUUUUUCCGAUUGUUAUAGUAAUAUCAACUAGUAGUUUCAUUUUUGACUAAAGCAAUUUUUAAUUUUACUUAUGGUUGAUUAAAUCAAUAUCAUCAUGAAUGACAAAUUUCACGUAUUACGUCCAAAAUAAUAAAGUAUAUUACACAUCGAAUUGUAUUCAUGUGAAGAAAAUAGUAGGAAAAAAUCAGAUAUUUUAUGCAAUAGCUCCAAGUAUGCUAUUUUUAGCUUUGUAUCUUAAUAAGCCUACUGUUAUCUACGAAAUUGAAUGUACGAAGUAAAAUAGAAUAGAUCUGUAUGCAAUUGUCUUGUGGCGAAUGUAGUUGUCCUGAAAACAUUAACACUCCGCAAAAUUUUCAACACUGUCCGAAAAAAGCUCAAUUGCGAAGUUUUGCAGGGCCAAAUAUUCGUCAAAGUCAUAUCACGCGAAUAUUAUCAAUUUAUUCCUUACGCAUAUAAAAUGGACUGCACCACAAAUCUGUGUUAAAAGAAAUUUAGUAUCAAUUUAUCCUGGGUGUCAACUAGACAGAAAAUUAUAUUCGAAAACAUUUUUAACUGCGUUUUUAUAAUGCAUUAAUCGUGAGUAAAUCAAUUAAUUACAUAUAUAUAUUAAUACAAUAUAUAUAUAGUAGUUUAUUAUCAUUUACAUAUAUUCAAUUAAAUUGAUUUAGAUACUUUUUUAUGUCCCUUGUAAAAAAUUUUAUUGUUUGUCAAUCUACGUUUCAUCAUCUGAUGUUUCCAAAUUGAAUAUAAUUUUUUCUCUAGCAGAUUAUCAAAUAAUUGUACAUACAUGGUAUUUGUUCGAUGGAAACGUAAAGGUUCAAGCUGGUCUGAACUCUUACUUGAAGAAUUAAUGAUGAUAUUUUAAUAAAAAUAUAUUUUAUUGAAUCAUCUAAUUCUGUGGAAUGAAAGCAGGAAAUCGAUAAAAUGUAAUAUUGCUUAUUACAUAUUUCAAUAAGCAAUGAGAACUUUGGAAUAUAUAGAUACAAUUACGACUAAACUUCAAUGAGAAAAAAUUAUAAAGAGCUAAGAUAACUGAGCUAAUUUUUGGUUUCAUACCUCGAAUAUUUUUGAAAAUCUGUAGAUAGAUUGGAUUUUGAAAGAAACUUUAUGCUGAAAAAGAUAAUUGUAAUGAAAUGCCUUCAGCAAUGAAAGAAUAUCGUCGAAAGACAUUAUAAUACGCAUAUUUUUCUGCUUUUAUUUCUCUAUAACUCAAAAAAUGGUUAAUUCUGAAGAUACCAAUACAAAUAAGUAUGCAAUAUCUGAAUUCUUCUCUGUCUAUAGUUAUUUUGAAUAAUGAAAGUUUAGUGGAGGAAAUUCAAGUGAAGGCCUAAAGAAAAUUAAUAAGUGUCAUAUCUUAUAAACUAUCUACAAACAAUCUACAAAGUGAAUAGACUAAAGAAGACAGAUUUCGUCAAAGUGAUUGUGAAUAUUUUUCCAUUGUUGUCGUAGUCUGUCUUCCACAAUAAGUGUUACUUACACGCUGUAUUCUGCUAUGUAUAAUCUAGUCAAUAAUCAAAUUUGCUGGAUAAUAAAACUGAAAUAUUUGUUUAAUUCAACGCGAUUGCUUCGGUAUUCUGGUAUAUUUUUUCUACUUUUUAUCUCGCUAAGGAAGAUCGAAAAGAAAAGUCUAACAUUACCUAAUUGUUUAAAAUUUUUUUAAUAAAGUCAAAGCUUAUUCUUUAUAUUUAAAAGAAUCUUUCACGGAAAAAUGACUAAAAAAUAUAUAAUUAACUCGUAGUUUGUCUGAAGAAAGAUUAUUGUAUAUUUAUAAUGUAAUUCGAUAUUUUAUUAUUUACAUUUUGAUGUGUAUUUACUGAUAAACGUAUAAUAUUCAUUAUUUUUAAAACAAGAUUAAAAUGAGGUAUAAUCUAAAUCAUCGGUUUGGGAAUGAUUUUAUUGAUACAUGUAAGAAGCAAUACAAGUGUAUGUACGUUAUGCCCGCUUAUAAUUAUACAAAAGAAAUGUUCAAUUAAAAGCAAUACUAGAGAAAUUUUAGUGCGAAUUGAUCUCGAAAAGUUGCGGCAUACCAAGGAUGUGUCAUUGAAAUUAUUUAUAUAACAGUUUGCUGUGAAAAGUGCUUAAUAAUUUUUUUGUGCUCUUCAAAACGCUAGCAUUGUUCAGAGAGCGAAUAUUCUUAGAUUUCAAUUAAGUAUACUUGGUAUAUUAAAAUUUCUAUGUUAACGAUUGAAAAAAUAGAGAUUGAUAAAAAAUAUGACUGAAUUGUACUUAUAGAGUGAUGAAUCUAAUAAACAACUGAAUUAAAAAGUCAUUUUAUUACUAAAUUUGUGCGAAUAAAAAAAUAAUAUAUUACUACAAUUAUUUGCAGAGUUCUCUGUUGUGAAGCUUUCAAGAGCCCGCACGAUGAUUUCGAUAUUAAAACUAAUAUUGUCGCCGAGAUUUAUACUCUCAAUUUGAAGAGACACGUAUAAUUCUAUUAAUCAUUUAUGUACAUGUUUUUUUUAUAAAUAGUUCUUUAACUACAACUCAGCUUAAAUGGAACUGAAUGUGUUAAAAAAAUUUACAAAUCAUUCAUACUAAGGUAUAACAUCAAUUUUUAGUAAUUCGAUACGAGUGAUACGAUAUUAGUUGUCAUAAAACAAUAUCUCAGAUGCUUUUACUUCUCAUUAUCGUGAAAUUCCCACUAAAAGAUUUUCGUGAUAAUGGUAAACUAUCUAUUGGCUUGAGCUCAAUUCUCUUGUAUAUAUAAAAAUGUAAGCGAACUCAAGAGAAAUUAUACGAAAAAUCUACUGAAAUAGUAUUAAAAGAACGUGGUUCGGUGAAAUUUUAUUGUAUACUCAAUGUUAAAUUGCAUGUAUACUGAGUAAGCUUUAAUGUUUUUGUGUAUUAAAUAUAUGAAGUUUAAUUUUUGCCCUGAAAAUGUACUUAUUGUCCAUAAUCAUUUGCUGAAAAUAAAGCUUAACGUAGGCAGUUGUGCAUAUAUAUGCUAAUUUCAAGACGAUAAAAUACGUAUGUUUCAUAAUAUAUCUAUUUUUAAAGCGAAAAGUACUGCCGUAUUUUUUUAUAUUACAUCACAAUUGUAUGAAAUAUACCAAAAUUGCAAUAAUUUUAUGACUAUAUUUUCUGCGUAAAUAGUGGAAUUGAACAGAAAAAAAAGAAAAAAAUAAUCUAGAAAGUACGUACAUGUGCACCACGCAAAAGACAACGAUAAUUUCAAGAAAUUUCACCAAAGCAUAUUCUGGAAUGACGACGUGAAAAGAUUGUUCGAAAUUUGCCCCUUAUGAAAUGCGGAAAUGGCAACUUAUUUUUUUAGUAAGAGACAAUACAAAAAAGAAAUGUAGUGCCACUGAAAUGUAUAAUAUUUGCACAAACAAAGCGUGCGCUCGAUGAGAAUGUCGGAAAACAUCUCGAACCCCUAUUCAUGU